UUCAAAUAGUACUGUCUGAUUUUCCCAGAAAAAAACGACGUCAUAAGGCUUUGUAAUAACAACGUUCAUUUGAAUCGUGUUUGAAUUUACCGUCAUGGCGUGUUCAAAGCUUUCACAGUGCGAUGCAUUUGAAACAUACAGAUCUGCUUAUUCGUCUAGAAUUGAUUGGUCUGAAAUAUUUGAAGAGGACGUUCUGAACUGGCUAAGAUUAUUUGAAAAAGGAAAAAAUUGUUCUUUGUUUCUAACUGUUCCAGCCCUUCUGUCCAUGACAGCAGCUCUUCUAGGACCGAAGACAAGAAUAAAAGGACAAUCCAAUGGUUUUACAACUAGCACGAAUUUAUACCUUUUAGCCGUUUGUGAUCCUGGAGGUGGCAAAAGUAUAACAUAUGAAAAUGUAAUAGAGCCGGUAAUGAAUAAUAUCUUGGAAAAAACUGGAAAAAAGUUAUCAACAGAGUCAUAUACGACAGCAGGCCUUCAAAGGCACCAAAUAGCCUCUGGAGGUGUAGGUUUAAUUACAACAGAUGAAGGUCACAGAUUCCUGGCAUCUGUGAAUGCUAAGCAACUGAAAGGGGAAUCCGAAAGAUCCUAUCUUUGUAAAUUAUGGAGCGGUAAAGGAGAUUUUGUUGAUUUGUCAAAUGGGAGUCGAGGAUUCAAGAGAACUUCUAUGUCCUUGUGUCUUUUCAUACAGCCUCACCCUUUGUUGUCUGAAAUGGCUUGUUUCACAGGGAUGGAUGGUUUCCUGGACAGAUUUCUUUUCAUGGUGUCAAGGCCAUUACUGUUCCCCACAAAAGUUGUAAAAGAGAAUUUUGCAGAACUAAGUAAAAGUGGAAUGAAAGAUUUUGAUGAGGUGUAUUACAAAAUGUACCUCAAUCAUCAAGACGGGAAAGAGUACUACUUGUCGGAAGAUGCACAAAAGGAAUAUGAUGAAAUGGUUGAUUCGUAUGCAGAUUUAUUAAACGACAAGUACAUGGAGGUGUCAGAAUUAGAUGAAGAGGAAAAAGAGAAUCAUAACUUAUCAGCUACACAGACUAAUUUAUGCAUGACCACUAGCAAAGACACAAUACAUGUUAUAAGACUGGCAGCCGCCCUACAGAUUACGUCAUCUUAUAUCAGAGCUACCUUAACUAAAACUGAAGUUGUAAACGAUACUAAAAUAACUGUUGAAUCGUUGAGGUGUGGAAGGAAGCUGUAUUGUUUCAUGGCUGGCCAGAAAGCAGUAUUCGCACAGGCAUUGAACACGCUUCAGCAGACUGAUUCAGUGAAAUUAAAGAAAGUGAUGUCUUUCAAGAUCAGAGUGAUUAAGGCUAUUGUUUCCAGUGAGGGACCUGUGAUUUCUUUGAGGUGCUUACAAAGAAAACUGUAUGGAUCGUUGAAGGAUAGUGUUAUUCAUGAACUUGAAGAAUUGGAAAGAGAAGGUGCUGGUAUGCUGCAUAAAGUUGGAAAACCUAGGAAAGAAAUUUUCUUAAAAGCAUCCCCAGGACAAAUGCCAAAUGAAAUUCUUAAAAAGGUAGACAUUUCCGUAGAUGAUUAUAUGAUUCGUUUUAAGUCUAAGAAGGAAACUGAUGGAAAUCUUAUAAUGAUGUCUCUUCCUAGUCAUCCACAGCACGAUGAAAUUGUUGACUGGUUUUGUUAAAAAAUUUCACGAGGAAUGAAUGCAACUUGUAUGUCAUAUAUGUACUGAAACCAGAAUGUAAUCAUUAGAAAUAAUGUAAAAUAAAUAUUGGAAUGUGACAAGGCAAUGUGUUUUCAAAU